AUGUGGAUUUUACCUUUGGUCGGCUACCUCGGCUCCAUCGUGGGCUUCUGCUUUCUGACCCUCGCCAUCGCUUCCGGUCUGUAUUACUUAUCGGAGCUUGUCGAGGAGCAUACCGUCUUUGCGAAGCGCCUUCUUACAAAGUUGAUCUAUUCGGUUAUUGUUCUGCAGCUACUGCUAUGCAUCGUCGACCGAUUCCCCUUCAAGUUGACACUCAUGGGAGUUGUCUCCCAUGUCGUCUACCUCGGCAACAUGCGCCGUUUCCCUUUCGUCAGAUUGACUGACCCUCUAUUCUUGGCCUCUUGUGUCCUGGUGCUGGUCAACCACUACCUCUGGUUCCGCCACUUCUCUGCCGCGCAGCAACGAUCGUACGCGAACAUGCAUUCCUACUACGACCAACCCGACGAUGUCCCGAGCUUCACCGAGAUCGCCUCCUACUUUGGACUCUGCGUCUGGCUGAUCCCCUUUGCUCUGUUCGUGAGCUUGUCCGCUAGCGACAACGUUCUACCCACGAUGGGCAGCGAAGACCCCCUACGGGACUCCUCUGGGAAGAGCAAGCGCCAAGGCUUCGUCAAAUCCAUCGUCGAUACCGUCCUCGGUGCCCUCGCAGAAGUUUUCAGAACAGUCGGCUGGGAGCGUAGUUAA